ACGAAGUCACGCACCAGAAUCCAUCAUGGUGGAUAUCAAAGAUUUGCCCUUGUCCGAGCGGCCGAAAACUUUGGAUCCGAAUGAAUAUUUCAGCGUUUCUCAGGAGAAGAGACGCUUGGAGGAGACGCGGGCGGCCAUCCGGGCUAAUCUGAAGCGGCAGUACCUGCUGCAGCUGAAUAACCCGCACAGGAAGGGGCUCGUCGAAGACCCUGCCCUGAACCAGUGGAUGUAUGCCAGGGCCCACACGUACGAACACUUCAGACCCACACAAAAGACGUCCCUGCUUGGUUUCACCUUUGGAGUUGUGCCCCUCUUUAUUCUUUACUACGUCUUCAAAACAAACAGGGAUCAGAGGGAGGCGGAAAUUAAAGCCGGGACCUACAAGCGGCCGUUCCAACUGUCGAAUUGAGCUGCCUUGUUGAAGAGACCCUCCUGUAAUGUUCCAGAGGUGGUCUGCGUAAUUAUUAAUAACCCAAUAAAGUGAUAUUGUCAAACAACA